CUGAACACUAAGCCCUUCAAGAUGGUCCUCCUCAGCAUCCUUAGAAUCCUUCUUUGGGGACUGGUGCUUUUUAGGGAACACAGGGUCCAAAUGGCAAAGGUAGGGCAGCCCUCUAUUGCCCUCCCAGCUGAGGUCCCUACCUUGCCCCUGAUUUUGGAGCUGCUAGAAGAAGCACCUGCCAAGCAGCAGGGGAAGCCACAGGUCCUAGGGCAUCCCUUGCGGUACAUGCUGGAGUUGUACCAGCGUUCAGCUGAUGCACAUGGACAUCCUAGAGAGAACCGCACCAUUGGCGCCACCAUGGUGAGGCUGGUGAAGCCCUUGACCAAUGUAGCAAGGCCUCUCAGAGGCCCCUGGCAUAUACAGACCCUGGACUUUCCUCUGAGAUCCAACCGGGUAAAAUACCAACUAGUCAGAGCCACUGUGGUUUACCGCCAUCAACUUCACCUAUCUCACUUCAACCUCUCCUGCCAUGUGGAGCCCUGGGUCCAGAAGAGCCCAACCAACCAGUUUCCCUCUUCAGGGAGAGUUUCCUCAAAGCCUUCCCUGCUGUCCAAAGUGUGGACAGAGAUGGAUAUCACACAACACAUUCGGCAAAGGCUCUGGAAUCACAAAGGGCGCAGGGUUCUACGACUCCGCUUCGUGUGUCAGCAGCCAAAAGAUAGCGAGGUUCUUGAGCUCCGGUGGCAUGGCACUUCAUCUUUGGACACUGUCUUUUUGUUGCUGUAUUUCAAUGACACUCACAAAAGUGGUCAGAAGACCAAACUUCUCCCCAGAGGCUUGGAGGAAUUUAUGGAAAGGGACGCUUCUCUUCUCUUGCGGAGGGUUCGGCAAGCAGGCAGUAUGGGGUCUGAGGUUCUUGGCCCCUCCCGCGAGCGUGAAGGGCCUGAAAGUAACCAGUGUUCCCUCCAUCCUUUCCAAGUCAGUUUCCACCAGUUGGGCUGGGAUCACUGGAUCAUUGCUCCCCAUCUCUAUACCCCAAACUACUGUAAGGGAGCCUGCCCUCGGGUACUACGCUAUGGUCUCAAUUCUCCCAAUCACGCCAUCAUCCAGAGCCUUGUCAAUGAGCUGGUAGACCAGAGUGUCCCUCCGCCCUCCUGUGUCCCUUACAAGUAUGUUCCCAUUAGCCUCCUUCUGAUCGAGGCAAAUGGGAGUAUCUUGUACAAGGAGUAUGAGAAUAUGAUUGCCCAGUCCUGUACCUGCAGGUGACAGC